AUGUGCAUUAUGCCAACCAGAUCACGAGGGAAUCAAAUUUGUCCCAAUGACCUCAGUAAUAGUCCUGCUAAAAAGUGCGUUGCUAAGCACAUAACGGCAGAAUCGUGUCAAGCUGUCCGUGGCCGGGAAUGGAAAAAAUUCAUCACAAACUUCAUUGAGAAAAACGCCGAAAAUUUAACCAGGUGUCUUGGCCAGGGAGACAUUAGGCUGGUAAAAGGGGUACCGUAUGAACCACACAAACUUUCACAAGGCUCUGAUCAAGAGGAACAGUUUGUUCUGCUCCAGAAAACACCAGAAGUGAUCUUUGUUCCUUCCACUGUUGUGAACCACAACGGAAUGAACAUGGAAGGCAAGUUUUCAUCAUUCAAAUGGAAGGUGCCUUUUUUUCCCUCUAACGUAACCCAAAGAUGCGUGUUACGUAUAAGGUAAGGCAAUGAACUUUAAUUAUGCACCCAUCUCUUUGCCACUAAAGACCAACCCAGUUUUGAAGAACUGACUAGUAUUAUCAAAUUAAGCAAUAUGUCUGACAUGAGAGACGGGUGUUUUCAAUACGCUCAAUCCAACCACCAAAUAAUGGGUUGUAAAAUAACAGGGGCAGCCUCUGUCAACAUCACAUCCAAAUACUAGAUAGAAGACUCAAACAUCCCUGUUUGUUACGUUUUGCUUUUUUGACCAGUUAUGCAAGCUUUUUAAGCUCUCAUAAUAAAACAUCACCGUAAAAUUCCAGGGCAAAAUGGGUGGGUAGGUAAACGCGGGGUAGGGGUCUAUCUUUUUUUAUAGAAUGCUGAUUUAAGGUUAGGGUUAGGUUAGGGUUAGGAUUAGUGUCAACGUUAACCCUAACCCUAAAACAGCAUUCUGUGAAAAAAGAUCGACCCCGACACCGCGUUUUACUGACACUCGGGCAAAAUUUAUGUACGUGAACAGGUUCAUCAGGUAGGUCAGUGUCUUGUGUCCUCAUCCCCACUUCUAAUCAAGGUGGUUCCUCGCUUCUUCGCAUGUUAUGAUCAAGUUCCUUAAGUUGUUUUGCGUUCGCUUUCGAUUAUUUUUAGACUAACAGGGAUCUUUUACUCAAUUUUGACUCAGAUACAAUAUUACCAGUACUGACGUUCCACGUGAGUUUAGUGCCAAAGACAAUGAAAAGUAA